UUUCCAAGAUGGCGACGACCACGGAGAGCAGCGAUGCCGGACAGGCGACCAAGAAAAAACACCUCGGAAUUCCCGAAGCUAUCUUUGUGGAGGAUGUGGACUCGUUCAUGCAGCAGCCGGGCAAUGACACGGCUGACGCGGUCCUGAGGAAGCUGGACGAACAGUAUCAGAAAUACAAGUAUAUGGAACUCAACCUGGCCCAGAAGAAACUGAGGUUAAAAAGCCAAAUCCCACAAAUUAAGCAGACGUUAGAAAUUUUAAGGCACAUGCAGAAGAAGAAGGACACCACAGAUCCCAUGGAAACGCACUUCCUGUUGGCGGACAAUGUGUACUGCAAGGCCUCGGUGCCGCCCACCGACAAAGUGUGCCUGUGGCUCGGGGCGAAUGUGAUGCUGGAAUAUGACAUCGACGAGGCGCAGUCUCUGCUGGAGAAGAACCUGGCCACCGCCUCUCGAAACCUGGACUCCCUGGAGGAAGACCUGGACUUCCUGAGAGACCAGUUCACCACCACCGAAGUCAACAUGGCACGUGUUUACAACUGGGACGUCAAGAGAAGGAGCAAAGACAAUCUCUCCAAAAUGGCCGACAAGUCUUAAACGCGCAAACCCCUCAACAUCACACUCACUCCCCCUCAAAAAAGCCCACCCACCGCAUUCUUAGCCACCUGGUCCCUCCGUUGUCAUUUGAUUUGUUAUAUAUUUUUUUAAAAAAGUAUUUUUCAGACCACAAAUGUAAUGAGUCAAGUUUUUUUUGUAUUGUUUAUAAUAUUAUUAUUAUUAGCUUUUGAUUGCAGAUUACACUAUAGGGAAUAGUAUCUCUCUCUACCAGAUGCUUAGUUUCUUCUUCCUUUUUUUUUUUUUAAGUCGGAUGUAUUUAUACGCUGCAGCCCGAACCCUUGUGGGUGCUUGGCACGGGGAGAAUCUGUAGAACAGGGAAUGUCUGUGUCAAGGUUUCAGUGAGGUUUGGCCCAUGGUACCAGUGGUGCUGGCGAGGCAGUGGCGUCUGCGCAGCGCCGCCUUAUGAUCCUACAAUAACCAGCGGGGCGGUGCUGGACACUUUCUUAAAGGGCCAGGCGGUGGCCAGAGUUGCAUAUUCUUUCACUAACACCCCCCCACCCACCCUCCGAACCCCAGCCCCACCCCUGCCUCGGCUAACCCGUCCUCCAGUGCAUGUCUUUUCCCGCUGUCCGUCUUUCCCUCUCUUCGUCUUGUGGUAUUUAUUUGUCACACUGUAUAAAUACUGGAAAAGAAAGAUGAAAACUGGGGAAAAGACAGAAAC